AUGGAGGUCGCCGAGUCCAACGCUGAUAUCUCCCGUUUAGCCGGAAACAAACCGUUCCCCACCGCCGAGUUGCACCCUUUGGUGCCCGAGUUACAAGUCACCGACGACUCAGCCUCCGCCGUGUCGUUUCAAGCGAUGCUAUUUCCAAACCAAGGGUUUUGCGUCGGCGUUACCGCACACCAUGGCGUUCUGGAUGGGAAAACGGCAACCAUGUUUCUUAAAUUAUGGGAGACACAUGCAAACGCCAACACGACCAAACGGCAAACACUUCCUCACCACAGGAUCUACUUCCUCUUUACGAUCGUACGGUCAUUAAAAAUCCCAAACAAUAUCGAAGCAAAGAUUUUGAACGAGUGGUACUCUCUACUCAAAAUGUUCUCCGGCGGUAAAGAACCAGACAACCCCAAGAGCUUGAAACUUCUUCCGUCGCCGGAGAUUAGUCCCGACGUCGUCCGUUUCACUCUCAACCUCACUCGUGAAGAUAUCCAAAUGCUUCGUGAACGACUCAAGAGAGAAUCACCAAAGGAGCUUCGGCUGUCGACGUUUGUGGUUACGUAUUCGUAUGCGUUAACAUAUUUAAUCAGAGCUCGGGGCGGUGACCCGAGUAGACCAAUCGGGUAUGGCUUCGCGGUGGAUUGUCGAAGCCUGCUUGAUCCGCCGGUCCCGUCGAGUUACUUCGGGAACUGCGUUUCGGCUACGUUUAAAAUGGAGUUAACUGCGGAGACGUUUAUGGGUGAAGAAGGGUUCUUGGCUGCUGCGAGCGAUGUUAGCGAUUUGGUGGAGGAGUUGGAUGGUACUGUUGCGUUGAAGCUUCCGGACAUUUUGGCUUCGUUUCCCAUUCUUCCACCAGGGUCGCAGGUUGUGUCUGUUGCUGGGUCGACCCGGUUUGGAGUGUACGGGUUGGAUUUCGGGUGGGGUAGACCAGAGAGAAUUUUAGUUGCGUCGAUCGAGCAAGGCGAAGCGAUAUCUAUGGCAGAGGGUAGAGAUGGGAAUGGUGGAGUGGAGAUUGGCUUCUCGCUCAAGAAACACGAAAUGGAGGCUUUGAUUGAUUUGCUUAACGACGGAUUAAAAAAAUAG